AAGUUGGUGUUGAAAGGAAAAAUAAGACUUAACCAGUCAUUCUUCAAUCAUUCUAUCAAGUUAUUUUCACUGAGAACACUAUGUUUACGUGAGCUACUCCUUGAAGAUAAAGGAAUUAUUGAGCAUCUCAUUUCUCACUGUCCCCUGCUUGAAGAUUUAACUGUAUAUUGUUGUUUAGUAUAUAACAGGAAGAAUCCAUUUCGGAACAAACAAUUUCUGGAAUCAUUAUUCCUGCAUGGUCUACAAAAGCUAAAGGAAGCUGAUAUUCAAGGAAUACAAGAGGUAUAUAUUGAUGCUCCAAAUCUUGAGAACUUACAGUUAUGUUCCUUUCCCUUAUUUUGGAUCUCCGAUCAAAUUGAAUUUAGACAGUUUCACAAGAUUGAGAUGUUUGCGUCUGUGGAACACUGAUGUUACAGACAAGUGGUUACUCGAUCUAUCUCAUAAAUUCCCUUUCCUUGAGCAUUUGGAAUUGUGUUGUUGCUCUAUGUCUGAGAGAAUUACUAUUUCGGGUGCUCAACUCAUGAUCUUGGAGUUUACAAAUGACUCUGACUUGAAGGAGGUGAAUAUUGAUGCUCCAAAUUUAUUAUCAUUUGACUAUUGCGGAGAUCACAGAGCUAUUAUAUCUUUCCUAACAAGUUCUGAUCAUUUGGUAUUCAAUGCCUCUCCUGUCCAUGAAUUUACGCAUGGUUAUUAUAGCUUGAGGGAAUUUAUCCAAAACAUUAAACCACAAAAGGUUUUGGCAUCACUCUCCCUCUCUGUCUAUCAUUCGAAUGGGAUUGAACAGAAUUGUCUGAGUAUACAGCAAGUUUCAUCCAUUCCUCCUAGUAUCAAAUGCUUGGAAUUGGACUCUUCUCCAAGAAACGAAACUCUUUAUUUCCGUUAUAUGGAUUGGUUGCUUUUUUGUUGCUGUCCAAAAACUAUUUCAUUCGUCUUCCAGUAUGAAUGUGGCCUGAAACCAUUCACUGUGUUUAUCUAUGAGUUGCUGAUGGGCAGAAAAAAGCAGGAGUUGUUUGACUAUUUUGGUGAUACAAAGUGUUGGUGGCAUGACUUGAAGAUUGUCAAGGUCACAUACUCAUUCAACGUUGACGAGAACGUUGACUUUAAGACCACGCUAAAUGCAUUAUUAUUGCCAACUGAUGACCCGGAAUCUGUUAGUUUUAGCUUAGAAUUAUAAUAUUCUUAUUAUCAACUGGUACAUAUUCCUAAUUAGAUUUACAAUUUUGAUGUUACCACCAAGCAAGAUUUGGGUAUUGUAUUGAGUAUUUUUCUUCCAAGGUUUUAUACUUACACCAAUUAAUAUUUUA